CCUACUCCAUUAGCAAUGUUAAUGGUAACAUCAUGCAAACGUUGAGCUGUCGCUGUGCCGGCCACUUGAGCCAUUGAGGGCUAGCAACAGAUGGGUUGCUCAGACAGCAAAUAUCAAAAACAGGCCGAGGAAGCUUUUUUCGAAGAGCAGAGAAAAGCAAGGCUAGCUGCCACUGCGGCAGCGUCUUUCGAAGCAACCUCAUCCGGGGCUCGCGGCCCAAAAGUCGUGGCAAGCAAGUCAACCAAUAGAAGAGCCAAAUAUAAUUCACCUUCCUCAUUUUUAAUUGAUGACGCCAAUGAGCUGGCGAGCAUUUGUAAGGAACUCCCAAGAUUGCCCGGCUCGGUGUCCAGCAUAGUUAGUGCCAAGAGCAUGACUCAAAAUAGGAGCCUAAGCGUGAGUGCCGUAUUCCGAGCGGCUCUCGAGGACCAGUGCGAGGUCGCCCUGACCGCGGAAACAUUGCCGCGCGUCGUGAACCUCAUUCUCAAGGCCCUGGACAAGGACGCCAACGGCACUAUCCAGCUCACCGACCUGCGCCGAUUCAUGCAGGGCAUGUGCCGGGACGCGGGACUGCAGCCCCCCCCCGCCGAGCAGGUUGCGGAGGUGUUCCAGCAGCUUGACCUGGACCGGGACGGGUCCAUCAGCCGUGGCGAGCUGGCGGCAGUGUUGUUCAGGUGGUUCGUGGUGGGCGUGUGCUAGUCACCUGGCUGGUGCGGGACAUGGCGGCUCAGAACGGUGACAGCUGCAGAACGGUGAUAGCUGCAGGAGGUGAGAUGGGAGUGCAACGCCAGCAGACCGAUUAAGACUCGCAGCUGGAGUAGGCCGGAGGAAGGGAGGACGAUGUCAGGAC